AUGAAAAACGCAAGCAUUACAGCAUUAGACACUGCUAUACAAGAGACAAAAACACAAGUUCAAGAGGAACUAAACAUACUAGCGGCUGAGAAAGAAAGAUGGAAUAAAGAACUAAAGGAGAGCGUGAAAAUACCAGAGGUCGUUUUAUUCUCUGCUAGACGUCCCAAACAUAACACACCAACAAGCGGACAAACAGUGAUUUUCACAGAGAUCAUCUUAAAUAAAGGCGACGCUUACAACAAAGAGAAUGGUGUAUUUACCGCGCCUUAUACUGGCGUUUAUACGUUUACUGUGCAAUUCUGUGUGAAUCCUGAUAAGAAUAUUGAUUUUGCCUUCGUGGCCAAUGACAAGCCUUUUAAGAUAACACGGAUAUAUAGACACAGUAAAAGUAAGUUUUCCUGCUACAGCUUUGAUGCCAUGACCAUUGUUGAUAAGAACGAGAAUGUGAAAAUCAAGAUUAUAUCUAGUACUAGUUCAGGAAACACAUUGCAUGAGAACGAUAGUAAUUACUGGAACACAUUCUCUGGUCGGUUUAUUCAAGCGAUUUAGAAGAAAACUGAACAACAAGGUCAUUAAUUCAUUUAACAAUACAUGUAUAAUUUCCACAUAUUUUACAAAGAAUACGCAAAUUAUAUUUGAAAUAUUGUUCCUGGUAUUUUUAAUUGAUUAAAGAUAUUUUUGCAAUUAUCAUGUUUAGUAAGAAGUAUCAAAAUGAUGACACAUUCUGUUACAAAUUCAAACUUUUCAAAUAUCCCAGUAAGUUAAUUAUAUUUAGCGUCUAUUCUUGCUAUCACUUCUAAAACUAUAUUCUGGUACGAUUUACCCAAACUCCAACACA